CGGUUUGAUUCUUUGUUUUUGUGUUUUAUGUGGACUUUUCAUCUCGUGGAAAGAAAAAAUAUGUUGACUUUGCAGUUUGUCUUUUAGGUGUGUAUACACUUGUAUGGUUCAUUAGUAUCUUUUUAGAUACUAUGGUGGAAGAUAUAUGGAUGAGUUGUGUUGCUAUUCUUCUCCAUAACUUUGUCAACCUUGUUAGUCUUGUUUUAUGGGGUUCCGUAUCUUACCUAGCUUCUAGGGGUAGUAAUCCUACCCCUAGAAGAAUUUAUUUCAAGGAACUAAUUAUAUGGAGUGUAAUGUUGAUUAUGAGUGUUGUUGAACUCAUUGUUUUUGUCUGCACCACAAACCCAUUAUCUGAAAAAAAAAAUCCCUCUCCAAGUACAAAAUGUUUUAAAAAUGUUGAUAGGUUAUACGCUAUUGUCAUCGGAGCUAUGACAGUUGGAGAAAACUGGGUGAUGAAAUAUUCAUAUUUCAACUACCGAAGGAAGAUGCCAGAAAAGGUUCGGCGGCUUGGAGGGUUGUAUGAAGAAAUGGUGGAAUAGUGCAUGGGGCUUUCUGAUAAUCAAAUAGAUCAUGUUGCAAUCGAAGAGUCAUUCACAACUUUUGUUUCGAGUGCAGAAAGUCAUGUGGGGAUUAAACUGAGGGCACCAAUGAGGCUGCCGGAAGCACUAGAGAGUGUGACGGAGGAAGUUGCAGAUCCAGGGAUUGUGCCGGAAGCUGAAACAGAGAUUGUGCCAGAAGCUGAAACAGAGAUUGUGCCGGAAGCUGGACAAGAGAUUGCAGUGUUUGGGGAUGGAAGCUCACUGCAAGAAGUUGGAAGCCUCCCACGCACAAGGAGUUUGCCACUGCCGGUACUGGAAUGUCGAGAGAGGCAACCUCCCAGACCCAAAAGUGAGGAGAUAAGAAGUCGUGGAAUGGCGGAGGUGUAAACACUGUGAGGUAGUGAGGUAGUAGUCAGCAGUAUUAGUUUCUUCCUUUUUCAUU